AAUAUAUAAUUUAGCUAUGUACAAUACCAAUAAUAUCAUAUACGUAAUAUCAUUAGAAUAUUUUUUUUUUAUUUAUGGACAAAUUAAAAUAUUCUUACAUCUAAAAAUUUACCACAUUAAUUUAGUUUAUGAACAACUUCACAACAAUGUCAUCUUCAUUUUAAAACACAGUCGUAACUCGAGGCCUACAACUUAGUUGUCCACUUCAUUAUUUACAAGAAUAUGUUUAUUUACGGCAUUAUUCAUCGAGUCCAGAACAGUGUUUUAUAAGCCCGCCUAAGUUUUAUGGGCCAUAAAGUGUUAUACUCUACGUUCGUUUGUACAGAGUAUCGCAUUGUAAAAGCAGGUGCCCUAUAAAAUGACAGUUAUUGCUUAGCACCUGAGAUAAACCUGUGUCAUUUAUGCCGUAAUAUAAUAUUUACAGCCCUGAUUUAAAAGUGAAGAAUAAUAAAUAACAUCAAGUAAUUGCAUAUACUGUUAUUGAUCCUAAUUAUUAUACAUAUAAAUAAAUACUUGUUUGAUAUGGCCAUGAAAGCUUGUCCUGUUAGAUUUUCUUUUGUUUCAAUGCUUGUUGUUCCCAUGCAUGUAACACAGGUCUAGUACUGAAUUAAAAACAUAUCAGUUUUAAAGUAUUCAUUACGUGACAUGAAAAAUGUUUACAAGUUGUCGCAAGGUUCCGUCCAAGGUGAAGAACGCUUUUAAAAUUUUAUAAAGACAUCAAAAUGCUUACGUAUGUUCAAUUAUGGUGUCAGAAAUGAUGUAUUAGUAUUUCCAUCCCAACUUGAAAGUAUUAUUACUCGCAUUCUUACUUCUGAAUUCAACUCGUUAGGUUUCUAACACGAGGCUACAAACUAAAAAUCAACUGACCAUCUCAACUUUCUGAAUGUCUGUGUAUAAAAAUAAUCUGUAUCCUCAAAUCAAAAACAUCCCUAAUGGAUUCGCAAAACAGAUCUCCGACAGACCAAAUAAUAAAAUCGUUUUCUUGGACGUUCCAUCUCCUCGUACAGAACAAUUAAAUCAUAUUACAACGAAUUCCAUCGUGCCUUUGCGUGAUAACUUAAUCUCUCCCCAAAUAAAUAGCGAUAUUAUAUAUGAGAAUAUCAAACCUGUUUUUACGUUGCUGAGGAUUAUGGGCGUCCUUCCAUUAACCAGGACUUCACCAGGACAUAAUCAAUUCAAAAUGCUAUCCCCAUCUAUGGUGUAUUCAAUUUUUUGCUUCCUAGGCCUCGUUAGCUAUGUGAUGUAUCUUUCUUUGCACAAAGUACAAAUAUUAAGAACAACUGAAGGUAAAUUUGAAGAGGCUGUGAUCGAGUAUCUUUUCACUGUUUAUCUAUUUCCAAUGAUGGUCGUGCCGAUAAUCUGGUAUGAAACGAGGAAGAUUGCUAAUAUUUUAAACGGAUGGGUGGAUUUUGAGGUAUGCUAUAAAAAGUUAUCGAGCCGCGUUCUUCCUAUAAAAAUGUACAAAAAAGCUCUGACAAUGGCUGUGGUUAUCCCAAUUUUGUCGACAAGCUCAGUCAUAAUCACCCACAUCACAAUGGUUGAUUUCAAAGUUAUGCAGAUAUUACCAUAUGUAUUUUUAGAAAUAUUAACUUAUCUACUGGGAGGUUAUUGGUAUCUGCUGUGUGAAACUUUAAGCUUUUGCGCUGGAAUAUUAGCCGAAGAUUUUCAUCAGGCCCUACGUCACGUUGGUCCAGCAGGAAAAGUCGCUGAAUAUCGCGCCCUCUGGUUACGCCUAAGUAAACUAGCCCAAGACACAGGUCUAGCUAACUGCUAUACGUUCACGUUCGUCAAUCUUUAUCUUUUCCUCAUCAUCACUUUAUCCAUAUACGGCCUUCUCAGCCAGAUCUCUGAAGGCUUCGGAAUUAAGGACAUUGGAUUGUUUGUAACGGCUUGUUGCAGUAUUUUCUUGUUAUUUUUUAUUUGCGACGAAGCACAUUAUGCAUCUCUUAAUGUACGCACAAAUUUUCAAAAGAAACUGCUAAUGGUGGAACUAUCCUGGAUGAACACGGACGCACAGACGGAAGUAAACAUGUUCCUGCGCGCCACCGAGAUGAAUCCCUCCCAGAUCAGCCUGGGCGGCUUCUUUGAUGUAAACAGAAACCUUUUCAAAUCAUUAUUGGCCACGAUGGUAACGUACCUCGUUGUUCUGCUGCAAUUCCAAAUCAGCAUACCAGAUAAUACCCAAGAUACUUAUGAAGAUGAAAAGCUGAUCACCAACGACACAAUUGCUACCGACGCCACCAAAAUUACUACAACUCUUGCUACAACUGUUUUAACAACAUUGGCUAAAAAGAAAAAGAAAAACUAACAAUAUGGAUUCAAUUUCAAUCUAAUGUUAUGAUAUGUGUAAUUAAAUAUACCUUAGUAAAAAAACACGACUACAAAGUAAAACUUUAAGUUUAGAAAUAAAGUGCGUAAACACUCUUCUAUGUAGGUAAAUUUAAUAGAUAAAAAAUAUGAUUAUCAUGUAGAACCUUACUAGGUUAAUAUUAAGAAAAAAUUUAAAUUACGUAAUCAAUUAAAGAAGGUACCUAAUUAAUGGAAUCUUAACUUUAUGUGUAAUAAAUUUAAACCUCUAUCCAAAACUCUAUGGUUUUUAACUUUGAAAUAUCAUAAAAUACUAUUGUGUUAUAACUUUUACUGUGUAAGCCACAAGUUUAUAAGAUUAUAGAUUUUUAAAUCAGACUAAGAAAACUACGAGGCGUAUACAUGUAUGUCAAUAGCAUAAUUUUCAAGAAUACUCAAACAUUAUUGAAAAAGUUCUCUUUUUAUGAAUUCUCAACCUUUGAAAAU